AUGGCGAACGAACGGAUAAUUCUUAAUGUUGGUGGGCAUAAGUAUGAGACCUAUCGAUCAACUUUAACUGCUUAUCCAAAUACUUUCCUCGGAACAAUGUUUGCUGAGCGCAACCAAACAUUACUUCAUCCUUCUGCAAAUAAUGAAUACUUUUUCGAUCGUAAUGGUCGAGCAUUUCAUUUUAUCUUAGAAUAUUAUCGCACCGGCUCCAUUCUUUGGUCUCCAUCAUCAUUAAUAACUCAAGCUGAGCUUGAAAAAGAGCUCGAUUUCUGGCAAAUCUCAACAUCAUCUUCAUCACUAUUUCCAUCGUCAUCGUUCUCGCACACUCUUAAAGAUUCCGCAAAAUUAGUGCAAGAUUUCUUAGAGAUGUUGCGUAUAUUAAUUAAAGUGCCACAUCGAUAUCUGCGAACAAAAGUAAAUUUGGUAUUUCCCUUGUUCAAUUCCGAAUUGUUUUCUGUUGAACCAGGAUUCGAAGAUUUCAUAAAGUUAGUGGAACCUUUUAAGCACAUUGGAUACCCGAUUUCGAGAGAAUGUGGUAAAGUGUUGGCGCAAAAUCUUAUGAAUGAAAUUAAAGGUUUGAGAUGUGAGAUUUCUGCGGAGGGGAGUAAUCCAAAUGACUGGAGAUACCGAUGGGAAUUCAUUAUCCCUUUGCCGUAUUCUUUUGAUCAAAUUUUAUCAAACGUAAACUUCAAACCCUCUAGUUAA